UUUUUCUCCAGGGCAUUUCUUUGGUUUUUUCGAUUUUUUUUCAGUUUUUUUCUAUUUCAGAUAUUUUUUUUAGUAUUUUUACCAUCUUAUUCUUUUUUUGAAAAUAAUUUUAAACUGAUCGUCUACCUUUAAUGGAUCUUGCAGCGACUUCUUCUUCAGCCCCAGCCGUUGCCAGUCCAGCAAUUGAGAAGGCCCGUGAGAAACAGCGACGUAGAAUUUGUGAAGCUAUUACUGGGCUUAAACCAGAGGACCAAAUUGAAUUUUUGAUUAGUCGUUUGGCCGAAUCGGAUGUUUCUGCUGGCGAACAGAAGAAAGAAUUGGAGCAAACUAAACGAGAAAAUGGGAAAUUGAAUUUGAAGCUCGAUUCUGUUCAAAAAAUGUUAAGCAAAGCAGAAUUGUCCAAAUCCAAGUUGGAGCAGUUAUGUCGUGAAUUGAGCAAAGCUCAACGUGAGGAGAAGGAAGCUAAUCAAAUGAGACUUAAACACAUUCAAGCAACCCAUGCAGAUACCGUCGAAUCCUUCAAAAAAUCGUUGGCAGAUAUUCAACAUUCUGUCGAAUCUAAACAAGAGCAUAGCAAACGUGUUGCUGAUGUUGAAAGACUUUCUACUAAUUUGAAUCAGAUGGCUGCUGAUUAUGAGACACGUUUAAAUGAUAUUAAAAAAUUGUAUGACGAACGCGAUGCAGAUUUGGCAAAGAUAGCUAGUGCCAAGGAUAAGGAAUUGGGCCUUAUGCGAGUACAAAUCGAAGAAAUGCAGAAACGUGUGAGUGAAGUAUUUAGUGAAAAUGUUCAGUUAAAGAAGCAGUCAUUAAAUGAUGAGACACGUCUAAAGGAGUCAGUUGAAGCAGAAUUAAAAACACGCCAAUUAUUGGAUGAAUAUGCGCAUAAAUAUGCUGCACUUACCGAAUCGUUGUCUAGUACUAACGGGUAA